AUGAAGGAAUCCAAUUUAAGUAUCCAUACUUUUGUCGAUGCCAGCAAGACAGCUUAUGCGGCAUGCAUUUUCUUAAGAAGUGAAUCCAGUAUGGGUUCAGUGACUGUUCAAUUACUUCAAGCCAAAUCACGAAUAACUCCAACGAAGACUAUUACUAUACCACGACUUGAACUAAUGGCUGCUACCAUAGGUGCUAGGCUGUUUAGUUCUGUGAAGCAAGCUCUAAAACUUCCCAACAUCAAGACUUACUUUUGGACAGAUUCUUCCACAGUUCUUGUGUGGAUAACUCGUCGAGAACAGUGGUCGGUAUUCGUUACAAACAGAAUAAGUAAUAAUUAG